CUCCUGACUUGCUUGUCACUCGCCUUCUGUCAAGCUCGCCCGCCAUGGGCAAGCAAGGCAAGCAGGUCGAUACCGCUGCGGGCCCAUCCCAUCCGCCAGCUGAAGCAUCGUCUUCGUCGUAUGAUCUGGGCACCUACCCGCCGGUGGAGCUGUACGCUGCUUCGCCUGAAAAGGCCGUCAGGCAACGUACCAGGACACGCACAAUAGAAGGCAGCCGCAAGGGCGAUGAGGACGACGACGAGAACUCACGUCCACUCAGCAAGACCUACGAUGAUGACAUGACUGAUGAUGAUAUCCCAAGAGCACGACGCAGUACUGCUAUACCUCGCCCUCCUUCCUUUGCGCAAUCCCAAUUCGCAACCAUCGUUCGACGCCAGAGGAAACGACGCCUCUUCACCCCUCACGACGACGAGCACCACGCCGGCUCAGAUGGCCAACAUCAUCACCAUGCCGACGUCGAGUCAGGCUGGCAAGGCUCGACGCUCAAAAUGGGGCGAAGCAGGACAGAGGGACCAGCAAGGGCCGCCCCACUCAACGACUACGACUUUGCGGGCUGGGGCAGCAUGGCGAUGCUUGAUAUCACCGAGGAUCAAUGGAAACGGGCUGAGCAUCGGGUACGCCAACGGCGCAAUCGCCCGAGACUAGGCCAAUUGAGAGCAAUGGCCAUUGCAGGCAACGCCGUCACGGGCAGCAUCUUCUACGCUCUCCCCUCCGUCUUUGCCGUUGCUGGCGUGUGGACACCCGUCUGUCUCGUCCUCGCGGCCCUCCUAAUGAUCCCGACCCUCAUCGUCAUCCAUGCACUGGCUCAAACGCUCAGCUGUGGGAGUAAUGCUGCUUCUUACUCGUACAUUCUCAACGUCUGCAGCAGCCGGACCUUGGCCCUCGUAGCCGGAGCGAUCACGUUGCUGGACGCAGUAAGCACCGGAGCUGUAUCAGCAAGCACGGCUGCCUCGUACGCUUCAAGUGAAGCAGGCCAGCGGCUCUCGGGCACAGCAUUCACUCUCAUCUUCCUCGUCGCCCUCACUGCAGUCGGUCUACUCGGGCUGCGUGACAGCUCCACGACGGCCCUCUCCAUCUAUUCAUUCCACAAUGCAGCAAUGCUCGCUCUCCUCGUUGCAGGCUGCAUCGCCUGGGGCCGACAAGGAAGUGCAAUCCUGAUCGGCAACUGGGUCUCUCCCUCGCCCAACGGCAAGUCAACAGCGCGAGCCUUGUUCGACGGCACAGUGGUCGCUUUCGUCGGUCUCACAGGAUUCGAGACUACGGUCAGCUAUGCAGCCUCCGUUGCCUCAGGCUCAUUCAGCAAGGCUCUCCGUAACAUCUGGCUCAGCGUAGCACUACUGGAGGCGCCGAUGGCCCUGCUGGUCCUAGCCGUCGUUCCGCUCAAGCAGAUUCAAUCAUCAAACGACGUCCUCGCUCUCCUGGCGUCCGUUGCAGGGGGAAAGGGACUACACAUCUACAUCACGGUGGAUGCAGCUGUCGUGCUCUGCGGUGGGGUGCUGACGGGCGCCAUAUCGUGUGCAGGACUGUUGCUAGCUAUGUGCGCCGAUGGCACUCUGCCGCGCUGGUUGGCAGGUACGCUGAAGAGGACGGGAGCGCCCGUAUGGUGCUUGACUGCCUACUUGGGUUUAUGCAUCAUCGUUUGCGCUACGGCAGGUUUCGACCAGUUGACUUUAUCGAGCAUAUUCUCCCUCGCUUUCCUCGCGGUCCUAACCCUCUUCGGCCUCUCCUCCCUCCUAGCCUUCCACUCACGGCCGCUCCUCUUCUCCUCCCGCUCCACCCCGCGGCCCUUACCACCACGCAUCGUUCUCCUCUCACUCUGCAUCACAAUUGUUGCCUUGGCUGGGAACGUGGCCCUCUCGCCUCUCGCGCUCGCCCAAGCGGCAGCGUACGCAGGCGUGAUUGCCGUGCUGCUGCUGGCAUGGGCGAACAGGGUGCCGCUGCUGCAUUUCAUCGGGGUCUGGGCGCCGAGCGUACUGUUCGCUGACGGUGGAGUGGGCACGGGGAAUGGACACGAUGCUGACGAUGGCGAGCUUGUGGUCAGGAAGGCGAGCAAAGACAAUAGAGGCUUGGCGGCGUGGAUCGUCAGGCGGUCCAAAGCUUGGGUCGCGAGACAGAGAAGGGAGAAUCGUGCUAUCGUGAGUUGCCCGGCCCCGUCCCGCUCAUCCUCCUCUUACCCUUCACUCACCCUAUCUCUCUCUCCUCCGUUGCGCAGUUCCUCACAUCAACCGACUCACUCCCUCAUCUCCUACAAGCUCUCCUUUACCUCUCUCGAAACGAGCCCUCCGUCGGCCAUCUCACUCUCGCGCACUGCUACCGCUCCGUGGACGCGAUCCCUGCAGAGCUGGAGGCGAACCAUCAGCUGGUGGACGAGGCUUUCCCGCACAUCACGGUGGACUUGGUCUUCUUUGAUGGGGCGAGGAGCAGGAGAGGCGCCCGGACAGGGGAGGAUGCGGAGGAGAUGAUGGUGGAAGACGGGGAAAGCCAGGAAAAGGGAGGAUGGGGAGCUGAAGCGCUCGAAGCGCUGAUGAUCGCUAUGAGUGAGGCGGAACAGGCUAUCAAGACUGGCGGAGGGACGACUGCAGUCGGCGACGAUGCUUCUGGCCAGCCUUCAGCAGCCCCGCCGAUGAUCAGUGCAGCUGAGGCCAAAAUUCGCAGCCGGGUCUUCAUCGGUUGCCCGUCUCCCUCCCCUGCAGGUGGGA